GGUGAUGACAGUGACCAAGUAAAUGCGACCAGCAUGCAUAAGGAUCCAAUUUCAUGUUUGCUAGAAAUGACUAAACGCCUUGAUGGACAGCCUAUACAGUUGAUCUUGAAAGGAGAUGUCAUUGGUGCUGCUGAUAUCUCCAUUUUUCUCGGUUCAGAAGAGAUAAUGGAGAUAUGUUCGGGUAAUCAGAUGCUUAGUACAAAGAUUCUGCAAGUCUGGACAAUGUACUUGCACAAAUUGUGCAGUAAAAAGAGCAAUACGCACUUGUAUGGAUUCUUUGACCCUUAUAUCAUUCAAGAUUUGGGAAACAAGCG